ACAGUUGAGGUUUCAGUUGAGGUCAUUAAGCUCGUUAUAAUUUAUAGAAAACCACGAGGCACACUUUCACUUCGCACAGCCAACGUUGCCUUGCUACAGCAGCUUUUUCCAGCAGAAAAGGGAUUGUUGUAGACCUGGGCAUUCAAGUCAAUGACGCAUCUCUGAAGUGUAUCUGACACCUGUCGGUAUCUGAGGUCUGAAGAGAUACAAACUCUUGUGUCCAGCUGUGUGUGCAUGAAGAGUCCAUGGAUGAACCAGAUAUCAGAGAGACGGAUCCUCCUCCUGAGGAGAGUGUCCAGCUGUGUGUGCAUGAAGAGUCCAUGGAUGAACCAGAGAUCCGAGGGAUGGAUCCUCCUCCUGAGGAGAGAUUGACACCAGAGGAAGCAGAGCUCAGGUCCUUUCUGAAGGAAAAGUGUCAACAUCUGGUUGAAGGAGUACCACAUCAGGGAGACGACACACUCCUCCAGGACAUCUACACAGAUCUCUACAUCACAGAGGGGGCGAGUCGGGAGGUCAAUGAAGAACAUGAGGUCAGAGAGAUAGACAGAGCAUCCUGUAGAGAAGGAACACAUGGCAGACUAAUCAAGUGCAGUGACAUCUUUAAACCCUUACAUCCACAAAGGGGUCUUUUGAAACACAAACCCAUCAGAGUAGUACUGACGAAGGGAGUGGCAGGCAUUGGAAAAACCGUGUCCGUGCAGAAGUUCAUUCUGGACUGGACUGAAGGAGAGACCAAUCAGGACAUUCACUUCAUUUUUCCUCUUCCUUUUCGAGAGCUGAACCUGAUGAAGAAUACAAAACUCAGUCUGGUGGAGCUUGUUCAAUGCUUUUUCACACAAAUGAAAGAUCUGAAAGUGCUCUCCAGCUCUGAGAGCAAAACUCUGUUCAUAUUUGAUGGCCUGGAUGAGUGCAGACUCCCUCUUGAUUUCUGCUCCAGCCCAAGGUGCUGUGAAGUGACAGAGCCAGCCUCAGUAAAUGUACUUCUGACCAGCCUCAUCAAUGGGAACUUACUUCCCUCUGCUCUCGUCUGGAUCACCACCCGACCAGCAGCAGCUGGUCAGAUCCCUGCUGAGUGUGUGGACCAGGUGACAGAAAUUAGGGGGUUCAACAACCCACAAAAAGAUGAGUACUUCAAGAAGAGAAUCAGUGAUGAGAACCUGGCCAUGCGAGUCAUCAGACACCUGAAGUCAUCCAGAAGCCUUUACAUCAUGUGCCACAUUCCAGUUUUCGCCUGGAUUUUGGUCAUUGUUGUAGAGAAAACAUCAGAGAGAGGAGAAAUGCCAAGGACUCUAACUCAAAUGUACACUCGCUUCCUCAACAUUCAGACUUGCAUCAAGAAAGAGAAAUACACAGAGAGAAGAGAGACAGAUGAAGAAAUGGUUUUGAAACUGGGGAAACUGGCUUUCCAACAGCUGGAGAAGGGUAAUCUGAUCUUCUAUGAGGAAGACCUGAGGGAGAGUGGCAUUGAUGUCACAGAAGCAUCUCUGUACUCAGGAGUGUGUACACAGAUCUUCAGAGUCGAGGCUGGGCUGUGCCAUGGGAGAGUGUUCAGCUUUGUGCAUCUGACCAUCCAGGAAUUCCUUGCAGCAUUAUAUGUGUUCCUCUGCUUCUGCAACAGUGCCAGAAAUGAACCGCACCAAUAUCAACCCUCUCAGCUCUCAGCUCUGUUUAGAGCUGCAACACUUGAAGACCUACACAAAAAUGCAGUGGAUCUGGCCUUACAGAGUGAGAAUGGACACCUGGACCUCUUCCUCCGCUUCCUUGUCGGCCUCUCACUGGAGUCCAAUCAGAAGCUCUUAACACACUUACUGCCACAUACCAAUAGUCAACCACAGAGCUUUGGGCAAACAGUACAGUAUGUCAAGUAUAAGAUUAGACAUGAGCGGAAGUCUGAUAGAAAGAUCAACCUGUUCUACUGUCUGAAUGAGCUUAAUCAGCAUGCUGUAGUUGAGCACACAGGCAGGAGUCCAGUAGAGCUGUCUGUAGAGAUGCUCUUACCAGGUCAGUGGGAGACUAGAGAGUUUGAGUUUGAGUUAUCAGAAGAGCAGCUGGAUGGGUUUGACCUGCAGAAGUACAUAAAGACACCAGAAGAGGAUCUGACUGACCUCCUUAGCCCAGAUGACGUCCUCAAGAAGCUGGUUCCAGCAGUGUCAUCAGCACUGCUGAAGAAUUGUUCUCUCACAGAGAGGAGUUGUGCAGCAAUAGCAGCUGCUGCCAGAUCAACCUCCUGCAGUUUGAAGACUCUUGUCCUCUCUACCAAUAGUAUUCAUGAUACAGGUGUUCAGCAUCUCUCAGAACUCCUCCUCAAGAAUCCUCAGUGUCAACUGGAGACACUAGUGCUGCGGUAUUGUUCCCUCACAGAGAAGAGUUGUGCUGCAAUAGCUGCUGCUGCCAGAUCAACCUCCUGCAGUUUGAAGAGUCUACUAGUCAGUGGGAAUAGUAUUCUUGAUGAAGGAGUUCAGCAUCUCUCAGACCUUUUCAAGAAUCCUCAGUGCAAACUGGAGACACUAGAGCUGGAUUAUUGUUCCCUGACAGAGAAGAGUUGUGCAGCAAUAGCAGCUGCUGCCAGAUCAACCUCCUGCAGUUUGAAGACACUAGACCUCAGUGAUAAUAAGAUUCAUGAUACAGGCGUUCAGCAUCUCUCAGAACUCCUCAAGAAUCCUCAAUGCAAACUGGAGACACUGAAGCUGGGGGGUAACUACCUCACAGAGAAGAGUUGUGUUGCACUAGCAGCUGCUGCCAGAUCAACCUGCUGCAGUUUGAGGACUCUAGAUGUCAGGGAUAAUCGGUUUCAUGACACCGCCAUUCAGCAUCUCUCAGAACUCCUCAAGAAUCCUCAGUGCAAGCUGGAGAUAGUAGUAGUGGGCUAUCAUGGUUCACGUUGUACCUUGAGAAGGGAGAACAACGGCAGCAGCAGCAGCAGCCUCCUGCGUCCAGCAGCAGCAGCCUCCGGUAGCAGCUCGCACUCCUCAGAUGCUGCAGAGCUGCACCUCACACACAACACCCAGCAGCAUCCAGGAGCACAGCUGCUCUCUACUCACACUCCCACGGAAGAUGACCCCGGUGAUGACACACAGAGUGGCUGUGGAUGCUGUGCAGACUUUCUAGACACCAGCCACUGGAUCCUGGUGGAGCCUGAGGUCUCCACAGAGAAGAGCAUCUCAACCUACAGCCUGAGCUCUGCUGCAGGGAGCUAUGAGUGCUCAGAGUCCAGUCUGCGUUGGUCGUGUGUUGGUCCAGUCACCUUGCAGUAUCGUUUCAUGGACUGGUACAUUUUUACUGAAGAGCUGGCCCGUAUGCAGUGCAGUCCAGCUGGUCCUCUGAUGGACAUCAAGCUCAUGUCAGGAGAGCUUGAGGAGAUCCACCUGCCCCAUUUUCUGUGUUUGGGAGGUAGCCAGUUGGUUCUGAAGGACGCUGUGAAGGUACUGCAUCAUCAGGAUGGUGAAGUAUAUUUGGAGACGUGUGAGCUGACCAGACACCAUGCCAGACUUCUCCAGCCCUCCCUCUCUCCUCGUGGACUUCUCUACAGUAUCACCUCCUGGCUCCUUGGUAGAGUGCAUGCCAACGUCCUGGUUUACCAGAGCAGCAUUUCUCACCUUGAGUUCCGCUGCUACCUGCUGCCUGAGGAUCCCAAUCUGAAGGAAAAGGUGAAGGAAGAAGAGAAGGAGUUUGGGGGAGUUAGACAGGCUUGUCCUCACCCCAAGAGCUCUCUUCGGAUUAAUGAAUGCUACAGUCUGUGUGGAGAACCGUCUACCAUCUACCCAGAUGAGCUGGAGCUGAUGUACAGGGAGACCCCCAACUUCUUCCAGGUGAAGCUUCCUGAUCCAGCCCCCGCCUCCCUCCACCUGCAGCUCUUCAGUUCAGCCAGCAGGGGGCAGCAGGCCGUGUGGAGAGCAGAGUUCCAGACUGGCACACAAGAUAGGCAGACCUGGAGCAGUGGCCUGACCGAAGAGAUUACAAUGGACACCCACACUGCAGUGGACCAGGCCAUGGGCUUUCAAGAUGUUCAGAGACCUGAGUACACAACAAGAGUUCCACAGGUCAGUAGAAGUACAACAUGA